AUGAUUUUGGAGCAAUACAAAAUUAAUUUUCAAUUUAAGACAAAUCCAGAUUCAAUAUUUCUUGAAUGUUGUAGAAGUUGGUCAUUGCCUCCCCAGUGUUUAAUUAAAUGUUCAUUUAAUAAUUACACAGCAGAAACACUUCGUUCAAUGUUUCUCAACUCUAAUGAUUGCCCCAUAGAAUCUGCUUCAAUUAUACACUUUUGUGCUUCACAAAACCAAGACCAUCGUGAAUGUUGUCUCCGUUCUGGUAUUGAACAGACUAGAGCUGGGCCAAAAUGUCUUCUUUUUUGUGACCAAAUGCCUGAAAAUGAAACUUUACUCGAUUUAAGUUAUCUGCCUUGUUUUGAAAGAUUUUCAGAGAUGAAACGCUGUUUUUAUGAAAAUUCUUUAAGAACUAUAGACUAUUUGGAAGCAGAAAUGAGAGAAUUACGAAGAGGGAAUGGGCAAAUUUUGACUGGUAAUUAA